ACAUUGCCUUUAUAUUAAUGCAAGUUUUGAUUUUCUGAAGAUAGCACUUCCAAAUGAACUACAAACGUUGCCGGUUGUGGUGGCGAAGGUUCAGAGCCCAUGGGAGUAAACAGUAUUACCUUCUUAUCUCACACACAUAACGCUGAUUAGAUGGGGAGACGGGGUGGGGCAAAUAGAAAUGUAAUUAGAUUUCAGAUUAAAAACCCAAACAAAGAGCAGAAAUCUAAUGCCAAAUGUAUGAAGCUAAAAUGGCGAGCAUGGAUACCACGGGAAAGCUGGGUAACAGAAUACAAUAAAGUAUAUGGAAACGGGCAACGUAGAUCAGGAAAGAGGGGAAAAAUGAAUUGCUUUUUUAAAAAGAACAGCAUAGAUGUGUGCACGUGUGCCGAGUUUCUACAUUGGAGGCCGCGGAUCAUAAACCUCAUAUUUCAUUAUAAUGUCAGGUCUUGUAUGGCUGAAGGCUUUUUUUUCUCCAAAUGAAUAGAAAAUCUAUUUGUGACGUGAUAUAGUAGCCAGAUAAGUCAUACGUCCAAUAUUUGUGACGAUUUAUACAACAAUGUUUUAUUUAAAUAGUUUUAUAGACUAAGUGUUAUAUUCAAAACUUAAAUCCCAGAUCACUCAUAAUCGUGUUAUGUUUCAACUUUAUGCAUUUCACUGCGAUUUGUUUUAAUGUGAUUUGUGACGAUCUAAUUCUGAUCACACCUAUAACGUUUUAAUUUAAUACAUAACUUACGGCGGUCUAACCGGGAACUAGCCAUUCGCCUCAAUCUAAGGGGCUUGAUUUUAUUGCUGACCACAACAACCAACCGCCCAACACUCCACCAUUACCUCCCCGCACGCCCCCCACGCCCCCACCGCCCAGUUCACUCACACACCGGCCUUUUGGGAGGUUUUCUUACUACCUUAGGUUAAUUCCGUGAAAAAGGGCUUUUGCCAAGAAUUUGCGAUAAAUUAAAUAUAAUUAGCUUACUGAUGCCGUUGCAACUAAAUAAUGUUUGUUUCAUUGGCACUAGGAUCGAGAGAAAGUAUAUGUAUAAAUAUAUAUUUAAAUUUAACAUUAUAAAUUAUGAUCUUUCAGUUUCUUUAUCUGUAAUAUUGUUUAUUUAGCCAGUUUCAAAAGUCUAACCUUCUUUGUCUGCAAUCAGUUCCAGUAUCAUAAACCGUCUGUUGACUUUAAAAAUGAUGUUUAAUGCUAUAAAAUACAGUCAGUCAUUCGCUGAUUUUGCUCUUUCAGUUUUGCGCGCUUAUGUUUUUAUCUAUUUUUCUAUAUGUUAGUAUAAGUUUAUCCAAUAGUAUAUUAUUUCAUAGACAGAUGCUGGAAACAGCAGAGUGCAAUUGUGAAAUGCUGACUUAGUUGUUUCUCUGUUUUAAUUAGAACAAAGAGUUUGAAUAGAUGCUAGUUAUACUUUAACUACAAUGCCUAUCCCUGUCAUAAAGCAAAACGUGUAGCAGAAAGAAAAAAAAUCGCUUAAAACAAACCUUUCUUACGUUGAAGAAAAAGAAGGCAACAAUGGAACGUUGCAUUCUGUCGAUUGUGGUAAACGCACCGUGUGAUCAAAGGUGUCAAUGCUAUUCGAUAAGGGUGUCAAGACCCUGUCAUUUCAAAAUAGCGAGAUGCAAAAAACAACUUAUUAUGACAACUCUGGAAUAUUUAGUGGUUAUUCUUACCAAAAAUCAAAUACAUACAACUACAGCUCUGGUCAUCAAACCUACCCACCACCAUCGGUUGAUAAUGAUUAUCAGAACUCAACAUGCCCAGUUCAGACAUCCAGUGCCAGAGCCCCAACCCAUAAGUCCACUGAUAUCAAUGGCAGUUGUAUGAGAACAAGUAGCAAUCAAGGCACUGCCCAACUUCCAAGCAUUAGUGAGCCACAACAACCACCUCCUUUGCCACCCUCGCCAAAUGGAAGCAACACUGCGACUCAGAAAAGAACCAAGUCCAUUCCAAAUUCUUCCAGCGGUCCGCCUGCUACCCUGACCAAGCAAAUCUUCCCAUGGAUGAAAGAAUCUCGUCAAAAUACCAAGCAGAAAAACAACUGCACAGCUGCAGGAGACAAUUGUGAGGAUAAAAGCCCACCGGGUCCAGCUUCCAAGAGAGUCCGUACCGCCUACACCAGUGCACAAUUGGUGGAACUGGAAAAGGAGUUUCAUUUUAAUCGUUACUUAUGUCGCCCUCGCCGAGUUGAAAUGGCAAAUUUAUUAAAUCUAACUGAACGUCAGAUAAAGAUUUGGUUCCAGAACCGAAGAAUGAAGUACAAAAAAGAUCAAAAGGCCAAAGGGAUCAUGCACUCACCCAUUGGACAGUCUCCAGACAGAAGUCCUCUUUUAAAUGCUCCAAAUAAUAUUGGAUUCUCAAACCAGCUCACCACUGUCAACAGUUUAAAUUAUGAAACUCAUUCUCCAACAUCAUUCACCAAAUCUCAGCAAAAUAUGUAUGGCUUGGCUGCUUACACAGCUCCACUCAAUAGCUGCUUACCCCAGCAGAAAAGGUACCCAGGCACAGAGUAUGACCAUCAUACUAUACAGGGCAAUGGUAGCUUUGCCAACCAUAAUUUGCAAGGCAGCCCUGUUUAUGUAGGAGGAAACUUUGUUGAUUCAAUGCCAGCUUCUGGGCCAAUGUUCAACCUUAGCCAUCUUCCUCAUCCUUCAUCAGCAACUGUGGACUAUAACUGCGCUGCUCAAAUAGCAGGCAAUCACCACCAUGGACCAUGCGAUCCUCAUCCCACUUACACGGAUCUGACUACUCAUCACACAGCUCAGGGAAGAAUUCAAGAAGCACCCAAAUUAACGCAUCUGUAACGGACUAGUACGGUCUGCCAAGCGAUGGUACUUCGCUUUUUUAUUACCUCAUUUGUAUCAGAUAUUCUCCUGCUAUGAGACUGCCACAGUAUUUGUCAAUCAUUCAUUUUCUAUCCACCACCUUGCUUUUCUGUGUUUAUUUAAGGGUCUACACAUCAGCCAUCCCUUUCAAUAAGAUCCUAGCAUAAUACAGAAUGCAAAUAGAGGAACAAUUGCUUGAAAUAGGUGCUUAUGAAGGUAAGACAUACCAAGUCAGUCUUCAGCAAACCCUUCUUAAUGUGAAUUUUAAAGACUGGUAUUCUAUACAGUCCACUUUGGUGGUAUUUUGUCUGUAACUGGUCUUCUUGCCCUGAACCUCAGCUAUGUACUUUUCAGUAAUGAACAAACUACAUUCAACGUCAUCAAUAUGUAUUUAUUAUUUAAAGUCAAUAUCAAAAAAAAAGAUUUUUCUAUCACUUAUUUAUCCUUGACUUAAUGUAUUUAUGUGAAAUUUAUAGAGCUUAUACAAUCUGACUUUGACCUGUUUGAUCCAUGUCUGUUACAAUCAUAUUUCUCCUCUUUAGUAAACCUGGGUUAAAACUAGAUGAGAGGAUAGUUUCUUGAGCAGUUGUAUCAGUGGCUGGUGUUUGUAGAUUAUGUAAGGAUUAUCUCUGAAAGCAAAUUGUGAGUUAUGACUGUAGUAAAUCAGAGAAAAUGUGACUACAGGAUAGACAACACAUUUCUAUAAGAAUACUUUAUUUCAAUUGUCUGGUACUAUUUCAACAGAUAUUUAGAAUAAAACGGUGUUCUUUGAACAAA